ACCACACCGCUCUUGACCAUGUUUCCCAGACAGAGCGGUGAGGUUUGUGUCUAACUAUGGCGAAGUCGAUGUAUCUGCUGUGGGGGUCCGGAUCCCCUCCCUGCUGGCGCCUCAUGAUCACCCUGGAGGAGAAGAAACUACAGGGAUACAAACAAAAACUGUUGUCUUUUGAGAAAGAGGAGCAUAAAUCUAAAGAGGUUCUGGAAAUCAACCCCAGAGGACAGCUUCCUACCUUCAAACAUGGAGAGAAUAUAAUCAAUGAGUCUGUUGGAGCGUGUUUGUACCUGGAGAAUCAGUUCAAGUCUCAGGGCAACAAGCUGAUCCCUGACAGUCCUGCAGAACAGGCUCUGAUGUACCAACGCAUGAUGGAGGGUCUUUYCUUUCUUSAKAAAAUGGAAUUUUUUGUCUUCUACGACUUCUACGCCCCUGAAGGAGAGCGCCAUGACUCUGCUCUGAAGAGACACAAGGACAAUCUGGUCACUGAGCUUAAACUCUGGGAGAGCUACCUGGAGAACGUGGCUGCAGGCCAUUACCUAGCAGGAGGAUUCUCCUUAGCCGAUGUUGUCUUCUUUCCAAGCAUUGCUUGUACCUUCGCUUAUGGCUUGUCUCCAGAACGAUACCCCAAUCUGGCCAAGUACUACAACCUUCUGAAGGACAGACCCAGCAUCAAAGCUACUUGGCCCCCAAAGUGGUUCCAAUUCGAACAAAGAUCUGAAUGCCUGAAGGAGAUCUGAAUGCCAAAAACCGACAAGGUCUUCGUUCCUAAUUUUUUAUUUUUUUUAUAAUAAACUUAAUAAAUAUAAUUACUAUAAUUUCUUCACAUAGGUAGAUCACCACAUUUUCUCAUUUGUGGAUAAUGUAUUAGGUUAAAUGUGUGAGAGUGGACUAUAAGGUUGAACUCAGAUGAUUAAAAAAUGCGACUAAUCAUUUCUUAAUAACUAAAUUGAUGCCAUGUUUUAUGACUUGUCUAGUCUUCAAUAAAUAAAGUUUUUUUCCCCCCCAA